UAUGACUUUGAUGCCCCCCUCUGGUGCUUGACACCUGUCUACCAGUACGCCACCAUAUACUCCAGUAUGACUUUGAUGCCCCCCUCUGGUGGUUGACACCUGUCUACCAGUACGCCACCAUAUACUCCAGUAUGACCACGAUGUCCUUCCGCAUGCAGUCUCACCAUGAGCUCGGCUGGCGGCGAUGCAGGCGACGGUGGUCUGGGGGCCCCGCAGACGAAGACCCCCGGGGAGAAGGCAUCGGGGCCCGAGAGCGCAGACGGCUCGGGGUGGACGAGGGCCAGCUGCCCGUGCUGCGCGGGGGGCCCCGUGGAGCCCCUGGUGCUGCUGCAGCUCAGAGCGGGGCUCCCGAGAGAGACCAAGGACUGGGUCAUCACCCUUAUAGCCACCGCCGUGAAACAAGGAGGUGCAGGCUUGUCCGCCCACCCGGGGGAGGAGCCUAGCGGUGACAUCAUCGUGGUGUCGGCGCCGCGGUGCACGCUGCUGCGGGCGGCGGAGGAGCUGGGUCUGUGCAAGCCCUACCGCACGGGGGACAUGACGGCCUUCUCCUAUCACGACCGGAGCAACUUCAGGGACGCCGAUGACGUGCAGGUUCUCCUGACCCUGGCUGAGAGACUGUACAUUGUGAAGUACAGAGCUGGAGGGCUGCGAGCUCAGAGGGACCAUCAGAUACCCGACUCCCAGAGGUGGCGCCUUCUGCAACACAAACUCAAGGCUCUAAGUGACUGCUGGUACUCUGGGAACCAGUUGACUCAGCCUCUGGAUCCACGCUACUUCGGCGGUACCGUAGCGUUCUACUUCAGCUUCCUGGACUUCUACACCUGGUCUGCUCCUCCCGCCAUUCUGGGGCUGAUCCUCACAGUCUUCUCCGGGAGCGUCAACAAGGAGGCCAUGGACUCCAUCUCAGACUCCAAGGUCGCCGCGGGCGACGACGACGACGACGACCAGACGGUCAGCGGUCACAUGAUCCAGGCGGUGUUCAGCAUGCUGUGGUCCACGGUCGUCAUAGAGAUGUGGAAGCGCCGCAGCACCCUUCUGGCGUACCGCUGGGGCACCAUGCAGCUGGCCGAGCGCUUCUCCGAGCCCCGCCCCGCCUACCACGGCGCCCUGGGGGUGAACCCCGUGACGGGCCGCGUGGAGCCGCUGUUCCCCGCCUGGCAGCGGGAGCUGCGGAUGGCGCUGGUGUCGGUGCCCGCGGUGGGGCUGUUCCAGGGUAGGCCCCUAGAGGGAGCUAGUGAGCAGCAGUACGGUGUUAAACUCCCGGUAGGCCUCUAGAGGGAGCUAGUGAGCAGCAGUACAGUGUUAAACUCCCGGGU